CCGACUUCCCAUUUUGCUCUGCCAGGCUCCCUUCCGGCCUGACCGCCGCGGAUCGGUUUCCUCGCCCGGCUUAGCUGAGACCCGCACUCCCUUCCACGAGAGCGUGCGGGGAGAGAAGGUUCGAUAGACGGUUGCCUAGGCUUGGCCGGCUCCUCCAGCGAAGGAAGUGUCCGUCCGAAGGGAGGUCCAGGGAGAUCGAGGCAGCGAAGGUCCUGGGUCCUGGGCACUCAGUCCUGCCAACCAUGGAGUCCGAGUCUGGCUCCUCCGUGCGCCUGAAGGUCUUCAACCUCAACUGCUGGGCUAUCCCCUACAUGAGCAAGCAUCGUCAGGUUAGGGUGCAGCACCUGGGGGACUUACUCAACCAGAAAAACUUUGACCUGGCCCUCUUGCAGGAGGUGUGGAGUGAACGGGACUUUGAGUCUCUGAGACAGAAACUGCUGCCCAACUACACUUGGGCCCACUAUUUCCGAAGCGGAUUCAUUGGAAGUGGCCUCUGUGUCUUCUCCAAACAUCCAAUCCAGGAAAUAUUCCAGCAUACCUACAGCCUCAAUGGCUAUCCCUACAAGAUACAUCAUGGAGACUGGUUCUGUGGGAAAGCUGUUGGCAUGCUGGUCCUGGAGAUCUGUGGGAUCCUCGUCAAUGUCUACGUGACUCAUCUCCACGCUGAGUACAAUCGAGAACAUGACUACUACCUUGCCCAUCGUGUGGCCCAGGCCUGGGAACUGGCUCAGUUCAUCCAUCAUACUUCCAGAAGGGCCGACAUGGUUCUGUUGUGUGGGGACCUCAACUCACACCCGGGAGACAUAGGCUACCGUCUCAUAAAGGAGUGGAUAGGCCUGGAUGAUUGCUACGUGGAGACCCAAGACUUCCAGGGCUGUGAGGAUGGCAGCACCAUGGUGCCCAAGAACUGCUUUGUCAACCCUCGUGAGAUGGAGCACUUUCCCAGAGGGGUCCGCAUUGACUACAUCCUCUUCAAGGCUACUUCUGGGUUCCGCAUCACUUGUGAAACCCUCACAACCACCACAGGCAGUGGCCCUAAUGAUACGACUGGCCGAAGCAUUCCCCUUUCUGAUCAUGAGGCCCUGAUGGCCACGCUGGCCAUAAGGCCUGCUGUCAGCGAGCAGAAGCGCAACCCAGCACGUGAUGCGGAAGCACAGGCAUCGUUGAUGGGCGUGCUGCAUGAGGCCUGGACAGAGAUGGGGCUGGGCCUGGCUGGAGCCCGCCAGUGGGUUUACUCUACUGGUCACCUGUUUAGCCUGGGGCUGCUGCUGUUGUUUCUGGGAGUGGGGGCGAUGUUGUUUGAAGAAAUACCCUGGGUGGCUGAGGCCCUCUUCAUGAUCCUUGGAGCAAUAGUGCUUCUGGGGUCAGGUGGGCUCUAUCUUACAUCUCUCCAUGAAAGUAAGGCCUUGUAUGAGGCCCAGGCGGAGAUAGAACUGGCCAUGGAAAUGGCAAAAGAGGUUCAGCCUGAAGCUGUGGAGGUGAGCUCCACCUCUUCCCUUCUACGUACCUCUGUCCAGUCCGAAUCAAAAUAAAACAAUAAAGAGUUAUUAUCUGCA